UUCAUUUUGUCGUGUUUGGAACGGGCCGUCAUGGCGGAACUCGAGGUUGGCUUUGUCGAGGAUUGCGCUCCUGCGCUGCUCACGGCGCCCAACUUGCCCACAAAGUUUGGAGGCAGACCAGCUUGGCUCAACUUUGAGCAGCUGCCAACAAAGGAGCAGUUGACCUGCACAUGUGGCGCAACCCUUCGCUUCCUCUUUCAGGUGUACAGCGGCGGGUUGUACAAGGGAGACCAGAACUAUCACCGAUGUGUAUUUGUCUUUGUGUGCCCCAACGCCUCCACAUGCAACAACCCCGGCAGACAGGGCGGGUUUCGCGCAUUCCGUCAGACACUUCCCAGACAGAACAAGUACUUCCAUGAAGUGUCAGACGCCACCGAUGACGCAUCAGGCACCUUCAAGCAACUUCCAGAUGUGCGGCUGUGCUACGCGUGCGGCAUGCCGGCAAGCAAGUCGUGCUCGCGGUGCCACAAGCGCCACUACUGCAGCCGCGACCACCAGCGCUGGCACUGGCUGCACGGGCACAAGGACGAGUGCACGGCAGACUGCACGGGAUAUGCGGACCUUGUGUCCGUUGAGCCCGCCGAGUUUCUCUUCCCAGAACGCCUCCUCGUCUUGGAGCCAAUCAAGACCAACACAGGCGACAGUGAUGAUGACGAUGAUGACGAUGAUGAUGAAACGCUUGACGGACUGGACGAUGAUGACGACACAACGACGAAGAAGAAACACGACGACGAUGACGACGAUGAUGACGAUGAUGAUGAUAUGCACUCUGAGCUGCAACAAAUUGCCAAGGAGAAUCCAAACUUGGCACCGGUUGCCGCCAACACAUCCACAGAGUUUGACAAGAUGAUCAAGAAGUUUCGCAAGGCCCUCGCCGACGAGCCAGACCAAGUCCUACGCUACCAACAGGGCGGCAAGCCGCUGUGGAUUGGCAGUCGCGUGCCGGAAGAACACGACAUCUCCCCCUGCCCAACAUGUGGCGCCAUGCGCGAGUUUGAGUUUGAGCUCUUGCCCCAGAUCCUCCCCACCGUCGAGGUCUCGACCACGGCUGCCGACUUUGGCGUGCUCGCCGUGUACACGUGCCCCAACAGUUGCGACACAGCAAACACAGACGCCCUGGAGGAGAUUGUGUGGCACAACCCUGUCACCCGCAACUCAACCGAGCCUCUCUCGAGCUAGCACGUGCUUGAUCUGAACAACAAUAAAAGCGAUAGAAACCAGCACUCCCUCAAGGUUCAUUGUUCCCCUUCAGUCCACCUUCGCACUUCAC